AAGAAAUUUUAAAAAAAUAUAGUUUCAGUUUUGUUUAUUAAAUUGAAAAUUUUGCAACUUGCCGCACCCUUCGUCAACUUUUCCCCUCCUCUCUCUCUCUCUCCCUCUCCCUCUCUCUCAGCUUUCGCUGCAAGUCCACAUACUUUAUUUCUCUCUCUACAUCUAUACGUACACGAGACCUAUACAUAUAUAAGCACACAGAAUUAUGAUGCGAAAUACCUGAAGCCCUUGUGCAAUUUGAAAUCCCAGAUCCAUCUUCUCUCGCAGUUUCUCUUACAACUGCGAAAGUAUCUUCCUUUUGCAUAAAAUUUGUUCAACUUCUCUACCCUUUUCCGCCACUUUUUCUUUAAGAAAUUUCUCUUCACAUAAGAAUUAUUUUCUUGUGUAUUUUGGGUUACUGAAAAGUUGAGUCUUGGCCUCGUAUUGUGGUGCAUUGAUCAAUUCUUUUUUCUGGGGUCUUGAUAUCUCGAUCUCAAAGAUUUUGCACCUGCUGUAGCUGUGGAUUGAUAAUUCCGGGCAUAAAAUCUGUGGUGUGGUGUGGUUUCCAUAAUCUGCAUCAACCUCAGAAGCUUCUUUGAUCUGAACUGGUAGGAAAUGAGGGAUGUGCUCUUGGCUUGGAAGCUCGGUGUCCUCAUGUUUGCGCCCUUUCAGUCGAUAUGCCCGUAUGAACAGGGAUGAUGAUGGCAGCGCGGGAGGUGAGGAUGAUGGGCUUCUAUGGUCCAGAGACCUUGACAAGCAUUCCCAUGGCGAGUUUUCUUUUGCGAUGGUCCAGGCGAACCAAGUCCUUGAGGAUCAGAGCCAGGUCGAGACGGGCCGCCAUGCCACCUUCGUUGGGGUCUAUGACGGCCAUGGUGGUUGUGAGGCCGCAAAGUACAUCUCUGAUCACUUGUUUCGUCAUUUUCUAAAACUGGCGAAAGAAACUGGAACGAUCUCCGAUGAAAUCAUCAGAAGUGCACUAUCUGAAACAGAAAAUGGUUUCCUAACUCUUGUUCGGAGAGCUUACGCGGUUAGACCAGAUAUUGCAGCAAUCGGGUCGUGCUGUCUAGUAGGAGUUAUCUGGAAGGGGACACUCUAUGCUGCUAAUCUAGGUGAUUCAAGAGCUGUGAUUGGUUAUUUGGAUCGACCAAACAAAAUUGUGGCAGAGCAGCUGACCGGAGAUCACAACGCCUCUCUGGAGGAGGUGAGGAGAGAAUUGAAGAUGUCCCACCCUGAGGAUUCGCAAAUCCUAGUUCUCAAGCAAGGCGUCUGGCGCAUCAAGGGCAUUAUUCAGGUAUCAAGAUCCAUUGGCGACGCGUAUCUGAAGAGGCCGGAGUUUGCUCUCGACCCUACGUUUCCUAGGUUUCACCUUCCGGAGCCUCUUCGCCGUCCGGUUCUAAGAGCUGAUCCAGCCACAUUCAUCAGACCUCUACAACCCAAAGACAAAUUCGUCAUUUUUGCAUCUGAUGGUCUUUGGGAGCACUUGACCAAUCAAGAGGCUGUCGAGAUUGUCCAUAACAACCCAAGGCUGGGUAUAGCCAGAAGGCUCGUCGUAUCAGCUCUGACGAAGGCGGCCAAGACAAGGAAGAUCCCAUACAGCGAGAUCAAGAAGCUCGAUCAGGGCACGAGGAGGCGCAUACAUGAUGAUAUCACAGUCGUCGUGCUCUUCAUCGACCACGAGAUGAUGGAGAGGAAAGAGGCCGGGCCUGAGCUAUCGGUACGAGGAUUCGCGGAUACUGUGGGACCGUCGAAUUUUGAUUUCUAGUGAGAGUAUGAAUUCAGCGUCUUCACUACCAUUUCUAUAAAGGCUGCUCUGCUCUCUGAAGAGUGGAACUCUGUGAUUUUAAUCAUUACCAGAUUUAAUGGACAGCAUCCAAAUGCUUUGUUUUGCAUCAGUGUUUAUUUCAUUAUUUGUAACAAAUGUUUGACAUCUCUUACAGUUUUCAGUUUAAUUCAUUAAUGCAUCUGCAAAGAAAUAUACAAGAAAGGGAGUGUUUGGUUGGA